GUUUCAUUGCCUCUUGAAAAUGCAUUAAAGUUUCAGAGAAGAGAAAAUUUUCCCAUCGAAACCCUAAGCAAUCAAACAAGAUCCAAAGAUGCUAAGAGUUGCAGGGAGAAAAUUCUGCUCUCUUCCAUUGCGGUCCUCCACCGCUCUCUAUCCAAACAAUCCCGCCGCCUGUUCUGAAUCGCCUUCCAUUUCCAGAUCGGUUCCCUCUCUUUCUCAUUUCUCCUUCAACUCGCAGCUUCCGAAUCUAAUCAGAGGUUUUUCUUCGGAUUCCCUCAGCCGAGGACAUGAUAUGGGAAUGAUCUCAGAUCUCCCUGCUACUGUGGCAGCUGUGAAGAACCCUACUUUGAAGAUCGUUUAUGACGAGUAUAAUCAUGAGCGGUUUCCACCUGGUGAUCCCAGCAAGCGUGCUUUUGCUUAUUUCGUCUUGACCGGUGGCAGGUUUGUUUAUGCCUCUUUGAUCCGUCUUCUGGUCCUCAAGUUCGUUCUGAGCAUGUCUGCCAGCAAAGAUGUCCUUGCCCUCGCUUCCCUUGAGGUUGACCUUUCUAGCAUAGAGCCCGGGAGUACUGUUACCGUCAAGUGGAGAGGAAAGCCUGUUUUUAUCAGACGUAGAACCGAAGAGGACAUCAAGACGGCUAACAACGUCGACAUUGCAUCCCUUCGUGAUCCACAAGAGGAUGCAGUCAGGGUUAAGAAUCCAGAAUGGCUUGUCGUCGUAGGUGUUUGCACCCAUUUGGGGUGCAUUCCCCUGCCAAACGCUGGCGACUAUGGUGGCUGGUUCUGUCCAUGCCAUGGCUCACAUUAUGACGUGUCUGGUAGGAUCCGCAAAGGGCCGGCACCAUACAAUCUAGAGGUACCCACAUACAGCUUCUUGGAAGAGAACAAGUUGCUAAUCGGGUGAGAAUUAUGCCAAAACCUUUUCUCUUUUGUGUGCAACAAUAGUCUUGCUGCAAAUUGUCAUAACAUGAUUUUUCUCUGCACAAGAGGAUUGCAUUCGAUUUAUUCGGUUAUUAUGGAUUUUGUAUCUGCUGUUUGCUUUAAGAUGAGCCAAUGUUCUGAAUAAU